AUGGGGGGCCAAUUCGAUUGUCUUCAGCCCAUGCUGAGCAAGACGGAGCGCGAGAUUUGCAAGGCAUACGGUGGCUGGACCAAUUUUAUGAUAUCCAUGGGCCUGAAGCCGUGGGUUGACGAGGACGCGGAAGAGGGCAAGGCCAUCAUAGCAGCAUUUGCUCGCGAUAAAGAGGAGGAAGCCGCCGAGGAAGCCAACGGCACCAGUAGUGGCAAGACCAGCAGUCAGUAG